AGGCAAUCGUUCCUCCCCUCCCGCAGCAGAUCAAUCAGGGAGCAGAGAGCCGGUUCCUGCCGUGUUAGCUGAUCUUCCUGGGCUAUAUAAAGGGCAGGAGAAAGAAGAUCCUUCGCUGUGAGCCACAUACACACUAGAAAGUCUUCCAGCAUGAGCUACUCUCUGGACACAUUAGGUAGCCCCUCUUAUAGGAGGAUGGCAGAGAUCAGGUCCAGCUACAGCCGGACCAGCAGUUCCCCGUCCAGCGGGUUCAGAUCUCAGAGCUGGUCCCGCAGCUCUCCUAGCACCGUAUCCUCCUCCUAUAAGAGGAGCAACCUGACCAUUCCCAGAGGUUUCAGCUCCAGUGACAGUUUGGAUGUCAGUCAGUCCGCUGGGUACAAUGGGGAUCUCAAGCAAGUGCGCUCCAGCGAGAAGGAGCAGUUACAGGGACUCAACGAUCGUUUCGCUGGGUACAUUGAGAAGGUCCACUACCUGGAGCAGCAGAACAAGGAGAUUGAGGCAGAGAUCCAGGCCCUGAGGCAAAAGCAAAGCGGGUACAGCCAACUGGGUGACAUCUAUGAGCAGGACCUGAGAGAGUUGCGCUCCAACUUGGAGCAAGUCCACCACGAAAAGGCGCAGAUUCUCUUGGACUCUGAACACCUGGAAGAAGACCUCCAGCGACUGAAGGACAGGUACGAGGACGAGGCUCGAAUUAGGGACGAAACGGAGGCUACCAUUAGGUCCAUGAAGAAGGACAUAGAUGACACGUCCUUAAUAAAGGUGGAGUUGGACAAGAAGGUGCAGUCCCUGCAGGAAGAGAUAGCCUUCCUCAACAACAACCAUGAAGAAGAAGUAGGCGAGCUGCUGGCUCAGAUCCAGGCCUCACACAUCACGGUGGAAAGGAAAGAUUUCCAGAAGACAGACCUGGCUUCUGCCCUGAGGGAAAUCCGCUCCCAGCUGGAGGGGCACUCUAACAGUAACAUGAUACAGACAGAGGAAGUCUUUAAAAACAGAUAUGCCCAACUCACCGAGGCAGCGGAGCAGAACAAGGAGGCUAUUAGGUCGGCCAAGGAUGAGAUAGCGGAGUACAGGAGGCAACUAAACAGCAAGAGCGUGGAGCUGGAGUCUGUCCGGGGCACCAAAGAGUCGCUGGAAAGGCAGCUGAACGAUAUAGAGGAGAGACACAACCUCGACUUGACCAGUUACCAGGAAACCAUCCAGCAGCUCGACAAUGAGUUAAGAGGAACAAAAUGGGAGAUGUCCCGCCACCUGAGAGAAUACCAGGAUCUUCUCAAUGUCAAGAUGGCUCUGGAUAUAGAAAUCGCUGCAUACAGGAAACUUCUUGAGGGUGAAGAAACACGAUUCAGCACAUUCUCUGGCAUGUCAACAGGUCCUUCAGCAUCACACAGACAGGCACCUAUCACAAUUAGCUCCACCCGAGUACAGCAAUCACGAGCAGAGCCUCCUAGAGUUAAAGUGCAACACAAGUUUGUGGAGGAGAUCAUUGAGGAGACCAAAGUUGAAGAUGAAAGGUCAGACAUGGAAGCUGCAUUGGCUGCUAUGGCAGAAGAGUUUGCGUCAGGCCUUAUGAAUGGAGACGAACAGGAGGGAGAUGAAGGAGAGGAGGAAAAUGAGGAGGAGGUGGAGGAGGAGGAGGAGGGAGAGGGUGAGGUCGAAGAGGAGAUUGUAGCAGCUGUAGAAUCUACUGUACAGGCAGCAGCACCUGGGGUAGAAGAUGAGGAAAAAGAGGAAGAGGCAGAAGAAGGAGAGAAAGGAGAUGAAGAGGCAGAAGAGGAAGAGGAAGGUGAUGAAGAGGAAGUUAAAGCAGAGGAAGUGGUAGAAGAGGAGGUGCAGGAAGAGGAAGGGGAAGAGGGAGAGAAUGCAGAAGAGGUUGUAGAACAGGAUGAAGCUGAAGUACAAGCAGAGGAAGGAGAUGCACAGGAAGGAGAAGCAGAGGUGGAGGAAAAGACAGAAGAAGAUGAGGUAGAAAAGGGAGAAGAUGAGGUAGAAAAGGAAGGAGAGGAAGCAGAAGAAGAAGUAAAAACAGAGGAAGAAGGUGGGGAAGAAGAAGGUGGGGAGAAAGAAGGUGAGGAAGAAGAAGGUGGGGAAGAAGAAGGUGGGGUAGAAGAAGGUGGGGAGGAAGAUGCAGUAGAAGAAGUGGGAAAAGAAGAAGGGGAGAAAGAGGAGGGAGAUACUGAACAGGAAGCAGAAGGUGCAGAGGAAGAGACAGCUGAUGAAACACAAGAAGAUGAAGUAAUUGAAGAGCCUAUUGUGGAGACCAAGAUUGUACGGGUAAAGGCAGCAGUGCAGGAAGCAACAGAAGAGGAAAAGACUGAGAAGGAAACUGAGGAAGAGAAAGAGGGUGGAGAUGAUGAGGAGGUAGAGAAGGGAGAGGAAACAGAGGAAAUAGCAGGAGAAGAGGAAGAACAGAAAGAGGCAGCUGAAAGUUCAGAAGAGAAAGCAGAAACAGAUGAGGAAAAAGAGAAGGAAGAGGGAGAGGAAGGAGAUGCCAAAGCUGAGGAGGAAGCUGGAGGUGAUGAUGACAAAACUGAAAUAGAGGAGAAGAAAGCAGAGACCCCAGAAGAGAAAAGUGUGGAGGAGACCAUCACUGUAUCGAAAGUAGCAUCUGUAGGGACAGAGAAAGAAGAAACAAAAGAAGAAGAACAAAGCAGUCCUAGGGAUGAUGGGAAAGAAGACAUAGCAGUAAAUGGAGAUGUAGAGGAGGAAACAGAGGAUAGCAAAGACAAAGACUUAGUUACUAAUGGGCUAGAUGACAGCCCCUCAGAAGAUAAGGACAGCUCUAAGAGCCAGCAAACUGUUGUUAUCACCAAAAAGAUUGAGACCACAACCAGUGAGGGUGAGGAUGGUACCAAAUAUAUCACUAAGUCAGUGACAGUUACCCAAAAAGUAGAGGAACAGGAAGAAACCAUCCAGGAGAAAGUGGUAUCUACAAAGAAGGUGGAGAAAGUCACAUCACAUGCAGUGGUCAAGGAAGUCACUGAAGAUAAGUGAGAACAUAGUAAUAAUUCUUCCAGCAAGCAGCAGGACUGAUAAAGCCAUAAGAUAAACUGCAUGUAACGUGACAGCUUCAAAUGGGCUUCUAGCAGAAGGGGUUCUCUCGUGGGGUGGGGGCUCCAGACACUGUAAUAUUACUUUCUGUGCAAUACUGGGCGGGGAAAUGCAUGCAAGCUCUAGAUGUGCCCUUACCACACAACUUGGGGAAUUCACAAAACAACAAAUACAAAAAAAUAUUGCAUGAUUUGUGAAAGAUGGAACAGAGAGGAGCGAAUCCUAAGUUGUUGUGGGUCUGGGACAAGGUUAGUGAUUUUUUUGAAAAGUCCUGAGCUGAAUUAUGCAAAGAACCAUCUGAGCCAAAAAAAAGGGAGGGAGGGGACCAGGAAACUGAAGUUUUCUCGCCUUAAUAAAAGAAACCUAUCCUUAUGUUUACCUCACUGGUGCAAUUAACAGACUGUAGGUCAUGGGAGAACCUGAACGAGUUUACCAUAGCUAACUGUCAGUUUAUGUAAAAACAAACCUUGCUCAAUAAAAGGUUGUAUUGGAAA